AUGGAGCCUCCUACUUUAGCUAAGAUUAUUGGUAGACCAAAGAUGAAGAGAACAAGAAAGAAGGAUGAGGCUAAAAAUAGGCAGGGGGUUUGGUCAGCUUCGAGAAAAGGAAUGCUAAUGACUUGUGGUUAUUGUGGUGAACCAAAUCAUAACAGAAGAAAAUAUCCAUUGCUCAAUGAUAAACACAAGGACGUCUUCCAAGAUGAAGAAAACUCUCAAGAAUCUCAUAAUGUGCCCUUGACAGAAUCAGAAAACACUCAAGAAAGUGUAUGUUUCUUCAUUCUUGUUCCUGGUUCAAGUCAGAUCUCUAGCCAGACCUCUAUUGUAGUAGGGCAUGAUUCAGACCCUACUAUAUAUCCUAAAGUGGUGUCUGAAAGUAAUUUUAGACUUCAUGAAAGACUGAAGAAGAUAAAUACUGGGCCAAGAAAGAUAACUUUCCAGGGAGAUCACGAUGGUAUAUCAAUACCGACCAACCUUCCAUAUUCACCAAAAAAAGUAACUUGGAAAGGGAAAGAAGCAAUGACUUCAAACCAGUUACAAGCUACAAGAGAGAGAAAAAUUGGCAAACUUAAGCCUAUAGGGGGCAAGGGGAUGUAUGAUUUGUUUUGUAUUUACUGUCUUAAGUGUUAUGUAAGGAGAAAAUGA